AUGCUGUCGGGCAUCUUAGUAUUCAACCAGAAGGGCGAGAAUCUCAUAUUCCGCGCCUUCCGAUCCGAUUGUCGCCCGCGUCUCGCCGACAUCUUUCGCAUCCAAGUCAUCUCCAACCCGCAGGUCCGCUCCCCGAUUUUGACCCUGGGCUCCACGACCUUCAGCCAUGUCAAGCACGAGAAUAUCUACCUGGUCGCUGUGACCAAGAGCAACGCCAAUGCCGCGCUCGUCUUUGAAUUCCUUUACCGGCUCAUCCUGUUGGGCAAGAGCUACUUCGGCAAGUUUGACGAAGAGGCCGUUAAGAACAACUUCGUGUUGAUUUACGAAUUGCUCGAUGAAAUCCUCGACUUCGGAUACCCGCAAAACACCGAGACAGACACCUUGAAGAUGUACAUCACCACAGAAGGGGUCAAGUCCGCGAUCGCAAACUCGCCCACAGACUCCAGUCGAAUCACCAUGCAAGCGACCGGAGCCCUCUCAUGGCGUCGUUCUGACAUCAAAUACCGCAAGAAUGAAGCCUUCGUCGACGUGAUCGAAGACGUCAACCUCCUAAUGUCCGCGACCGGCACCGUUCUCCGCGCCGACGUCAACGGCCAGAUUGUCAUGCGCGCCUACCUAACCGGCACGCCCGAGUGCAAAUUCGGGCUAAACGACCGACUUCUCCUGGACACUGGCGACUCCUCUGGCGGGAAGGGUAGUAAAAAUGGUGGGAUCAGCGGACCCGGAGGCAAGGCCACGCGCGCCGCCGCAGGUUCCGUCACACUGGAAGACUGUCAAUUCCACCAGUGCGUGAAACUGGGCCGAUUUGACGCGGACCGUAUCAUCUCUUUCGUGCCGCCGGACGGCGAGUUCGAGUUGAUGCGGUACCGCGCGACGGAGAAUGUCAACCUCCCCUUCAAGGUGCAGCCAAUUGUUCGUGAGAUCGGCACAACCAAGGUCGAGUACAGCGUUGCGAUCAAGGCGAAUUACAGUUCGAAGCUCUUCGCUUCGAAUGUGAUCAUUCGUAUUCCUACACCAUUGAACACGGCCAAGACCACUGAGCGGACGAGCCAAGGCCGAGCGAAGUAUGAGCCCGAGCACAACAAUAUUGUCUGGAAGAUUCCUCGUUUCUCGGGCCAGAGUGAGUUUGUCCUCAAUGCUGAGGCGACCCUUACUUCGAUGACCCACCAGAAGGCCUGGAGUCGGCCUCCAAUCAGCCUUUCUUUUAGCAUUCUCAUGUUUACUUCUUCCGGUCUGCUGGUUCGUUACCUGAAGGUCUUCGAGAAGAGUGAUUACAGCUCUGUCAAGUGGGUGCGCUAUAUGACUCGGGCGGGAAGUUAUGAGAUUCGCUUCUGA